UCUACAAGGUGCUAGGAAAGAGGAAAAGAACCGGGCGAAUCUGCUGAAGCGGAUCUUCCGGCUGUGAAAGCAGGGCGAUGGUCAGCUGACGGUUGACAGCGCGCCGAGUGCAGUCGACUGGGAACUCCAGGAGCCGCGGAGUUCUAUAGAAAUCCUGCCAAAGAAGAUGAAGAAAAACAGAGAAAGAUUCUGCAACAGAGAGAGGGAAUUUGUAUAUGAAUUCAAAGUGGGAAGUCAGUGCUUAGAACUGAGGGUGCCUCUCAAAUUCCCUGUCCAGGAGAAUGCCAGUCAUUUACAUGGACGUCUGAUGCUGCUGCACAAUUUACCGUGUUUCAUAGAAAAAGACUUAAAAGAAGCUCUGAGCCAGUUUAUAGAAGAAGAAUCGCUCAGAGAUCACGACAGAAAUGCUGAAGCCUGCCUGGAGGCUGUGACGUCCAGUGAAGUGGACUUGCAUCAGCUGGCAGGGUCAUGGGCCAAAGCCUACGCUGAGACCACGUUAGAGCACGCGCGGCCGGAGGAGCCCAGCUGGGAUGAGGACUUUGCAGAUGUGUACCAUGACCUCAUCCAUUCCCCCGCCUCUGAGACUCUCCUAAACUUGGAACACAAUUACUUUGUUAGCAUCUCAGAACUGAUUGGUGAAAGAGAUGUGGAGCUGAAAAAACUACGAGAGAGACAAGGUGUCGAAAUGGAAAAGGUGAUGCAGGAAUUGGGAAAGUCCCUGACAGAUCAAGAUGUAAAUUCCCUGGCUGCUCAGCAUUUCGAGUCCCAGCAAGACUUAGAAAAUAAAUGGGCAAAUGAAUUAAAACAAUCAACAGCCAUUCAGAAGCAGGAGUAUCAGGAAUGGGUGAUAAAACUUCAUCAAGACUUAAAAAACCCCAACAACAGCUCCCUCAGUGAGGAAAUUAAAGUUCAGCCAAAUCAGUUCAGAGAAUCUGCAGAAGCAAAUGGACGGAUUUAUGAGGAACAGAGAAAGUUAGAAGAGAGUUUCACCAUUCACUUAGGAGCCCAGCUGAAGACCAUGCAUAACCUGCGGCUGCUGAGGGCCGACAUGCUGGACUUCUGCAGGCACAAGCGGCACCACCGCAGUGGCGUGAAGCUGCACCGGCUGCAGACGGCGCUGUCCCUCUACUCCACGUCCCUCUGCGGCCUGGUGCUGCUGGUGGAUAAUCGCAUCAAUUCGUACAGCGGCAUCAAGAGAGAUUUCGCCACGGUUUGCCAGGAAUGCACUGACUUUCACUUUCCCCGAAUCGAAGAGCAGCUGGAGGUUGUCCAGCAGGUGGUACUUUAUGCCAGAACCCAGCGCAGGAGCAAGCUGAAAGACGCAUACGAUUCUGGAAAUCGAAAUGGAGGAAGUGAUGAUAAAACUAAGAACGCCGAUCGGAACUAUUUAAAUAUCUUACCUGGAGAGUUCUACAUCACGCGGCACUCCAACCUCUCAGAGAUCCACGUCGCCUUCCACCUCUGUGUGGACGACAACGUGAAGUCAGGGAACAUCACCGCCCGGGACCCUGCCAUCAUGGGGCUGCGAAACAUCCUCAAGGUGUGCUGCACCCAUGACGUCACGACCAUAAGCAUUCCUCUCCUGCUGGUGCACGACAUGUCUGAGGAGAUGACUAUACCUUGGUGCUUGAGGAGAGCGGAGCUUGUGUUUAAGUGUGUCAAAGGGUUCAUGAUGGAAAUGGCUUCAUGGGAUGGAGGCGUUUCUAGGACCGUGCAGUUCCUGGUGCCGCAGAGUAUUUCUGAAGAAAUGUUCUAUCAGCUCAGUAACAUGCUGCCCCAGAUAUUCCGCGUGUCAUCAACGCUUACGCUGACGUCCAAGCACUAGCGCCUCGUAGACUGACGUGCUGGCAGAAGGUGGUUAGAACCUCCAGGAACUAGAGCUGGGCCGGGAUGCGGUCAGGCCAGAGAUCCCGGGAAGAAAACCUGCAACCCAGGCCACGAAUCAAAUCCUGAUAAGUGCCUGUUGAACAUUCCAGAAAUUCAUGUGCUGCACAGACUAGUCGUCAGUCCCUUACUUGCACAUUUGUUCUUAAAGUCUUUUUUAAACAAAAUGUCUUCUUUUUUCCUGCUGAUAAAUGUCCUGUCUGUGAAUAUUAGUGAAUUCAAACUUCCCAGACGUCACACAUGGACCCUGGAUGUAGGCGGUUUGUUCACUACAUGCUCAUGGAGGCGUUUGACUUUUCUAAAAGGUUUGAAUCGUAUCAGGUGCAGGACUUAGUUAACAUACAAAUAAAACCUUCCUUCCCCUGGUUUACCAAGAGAAAGUUAAAAAGCAGUGAAGUAAGUGUGCAUUGCAAGUGUGGGUUUCCUGUGAUAACCUUUUCGUAGAAACACAAAUAUACAUAUGAGACAAAUGUGAUUAGUCUCAAAUUCCCCUGUUUCAGAAACUUGCUUGUCAUGCACCCUUUCUAAGGUUUUAGGUUAAAAGUCAGAGACUCUGGACUCUUGACCAGUCUCACCCUCCCUCUGUGGCCCUGCCCGUCUGUCGGCAGCGUUGCCUGGGCUGAGAAAACGGGGCGCUCCUGUGCUCACCCGGUGGGGAGCUGGUCUCGCCAGCCCCCGGCAGUGUGUCAGUGCCCAUCAGCAUCCUGACAGGCGGACAGCGACAGGCAUCCUUACUUCUCCAUCCUGCCUCCUGCCCUCUCCUCUCCGAGUCGUCCUCCCUGCGUUCCCUUGUUGCUGGUAACUGUGUCCCCACUUCUGCCUCUGCUGCUUCGCCACCUUUUCCAUUGUCUCCCCUCGUGGAACUCCUCUCUCCGGUGCUGCAUAUCACCUGUCUGUAACACGUUUGCCGUGAGUACUGACUGCGUUGAAUAAAGGCAUUUACAAAAGCACUA